ACUUCCUGUUUGGAUUCUGAACAGGGAAGAAGCAGAGAAGCUAAUCCAUUAUAGCAUCCUUUAAUCGAUAGAUGUGAACGCUUUUAUUAAACUGAUGACUGAAGAUGAUUCCAUACACGGUCAACAUCAAACUAGCAGCCCGGACUCUGACCGGAACUCUGAACCUUCAAAAUAAAAGCGCGGUGGAUUGGGGCUGGCAGGGGCUGAUCGCUCAAGGAUGUCACUCCAGUAUUCUCAUCAUCGACCCAAAGACGUCUCAGACCAUCCAGGUGCUGGAGAAACACAAAGCCAACGUGGUCAAGGUGAAAUGGUCCAGAGAAAACUACUACCACAACCAGAGCUCUCCGUACUGUCUGCGGCUGGCUUCAGGAGACGCCUCGGGGAAGAUCAUCGUGUGGGAUGUGGUGAGCGGCACCGCCCACUGCGAGAUCCAGGAGCACUCCAAACCCAUCCAAGACUUGGAGUGGUUGUGGAAUCAGGAUGCGUCUCGUGAUCUGCUCCUGGCCGUGCAUCCUCCAAACUACAUCGUGCUGUGGAACGGCGACACCGGCACCAAGCUGUGGAAAAAGAGCUACGCGGAGAACAUCCUCUCCUUCUCCUUUGACCCGUUUGAUCCCUCCAACAUGGCGUUGCUGACCAGCGAAGGAAUCGUCUUCAUCACAGAUUUCUCCCACUCCAAACCUCCGGGCAGCGCCGGUAAAAAGGUUUACAUCGCCAGCCCUCACGCGAGCCCAGCCCACACAAAACCUGCGCCUGCUGCUGCCCCCGCCCCCACUGGUGCUAAGAAGGCUCUGAACAAGGUCAAAGUUCUGAUCACCAACGAGAAACCCACUGCCGAGGCGGUGACGCUGAACGACUGCCUGCAACUGUCCUACCUGCCGUCUAAGAGGAACCACAUGCUGCUGCUGUACCCCAGAGAGAUCCUCAUCCUGGACCUGGAGCUCAGCCAGACGGUGGGCGUGGUGGCCAUCGAGCGCUCGGGGGUGCCCUUCAUCCAGGUGAUCCCCUGUGCCCAGAGAGACGCUCUCUACUGCCUCCAUGAGAACGGCUGCAUCACGCUGCGAGUGUGUCGCUCCACCACCUCCAUCAGCUCCACAGAGGAGGCGACAGACCCCGAGCAGAGCGUCCAUGAGCUCGUGUACGACCUGCGCUCUCAGUGCGAUGCCAUCCGAGUCACAAAGACAGUGCGGCCGUAUCGUAUGGUUAUCUGCCCCGUCAAUGAGAACAGCGCUGCGCUGAUGGUCAGUGAUGGUCGAGCCAUGCUGUGGGAGCUGAAAACUCACACUGGCAGAGCUGCUGCUAAUCCCAGCUCCGGUCUGUCGCCUCUUUACUCCCCCGUGGCGUUUUGCGGAGCUCCACUGGGUCCAAACCAGAAGAGGAUUCAGGAUCUGUCCCUGAACAGCAUGAUUGGUCAGACGCUGAUCGCCGGAGAGACUCCGCCUCCGUCGUCCAACCAGCAGGAAGUGCAGCUGAAGUUCCUUCUCACCGGUCUGCUGUCAGGCCUUCCGCUGCCACCCUUCGCCAUCCGCAUGUGUCCUCCUCUUACCACCAAGAACAUCAACCACUACCAACCGCUGCUGGCUGUGGGCACCAGUAACGGCUCUGUGCUCGUCUAUAACCUCACCAGCGGCCUCCUGCACAAAGAGCUCAGUGUCCACUCGUGUGAAGUCAGGGGGAUCGAAUGGGUGAGCCUCACCAGUUUUCUGUCUUUUGCCACUUCUGCUCCAAACAACAUGGGUCUGGUGAGGAACGAGCUGCAGCACGUGGACCUGCCUACAGGGCGGUGUUUUGCAUUCCGAGGCGAGAGAGGGAACGACGAGCCGCCCAUCGAGAUGAUUAAAGUGUCUCAUUUGAAGCAGUACCUGGUGGUCGUGUUCAGAGACAAACCUCUGGAGCUGUGGGACAUCAGGACGGGGACGCUGCUCCGAGAGAUGGCUAAAAACUUCCCCACCGUCACUGCUCUGGAGUGGUCCCCGUCACACAACCUGAAGAGUCUGAAGAAGAAGCAGAUGGCGGCCAGGGAGGCGAUAGCCCGGCAGACGGUGUCAGACGCCGAACAGAGCAGCGUCGAGUCUUCAGUCAUCAGCCUCCUGCAGGACGCAGAGAGCAAAUCAGAGACGAGCCAAGCCAUCUCAGCCCGCGAGCACUUUGUCUUCACAGACACGGACGGGCAAGUGUACCACAUCACCGUGGAGGGCAACACGGUCAAAGAUGGAGCUCGAAUUCCUCCUGAUGGCAGCAUGGGCAGCAUCGCCUGUAUCGCCUGGAAAGGUGACACUCUAGUUCUGGGGGACGUAGAUGGAAAUCUAAACUUCUGGGACCUUAAAGCUCGUCUGUCCAGGGGAAUCCCGACACACCGCGGCUGGGUGAAGAAGAUCCGCUUUGCUCCGGGGAAAGGAAACCAGAAGCUGCUGGUGAUGUACACGGACGGAGCCGAGGUGUGGGACACCAAAGAGGUCCAGAUGGUCAGCAGCAUGAGGAUCGGCCGUAAUGUGAACUAUCGCAUCCUCGACAUUGACUGGUGCACAUCAGACAAGGUGGUGUUAGCCUCUGACGACGGCUGCAUCCGAGUUCUGGAGAUGGCCAUGAAGUCGGCGAGCUACCGCAUGGACGAGCAAGACCUGACCGACCCGGUGUGGUGUCCAUACCUGCUGGUUCCUCGAGCCGCUCUCACCCUGAAAACGUUCCUGCUGCUGCAGCCGUGGUCGGGAACCUUCACCAUGGAUAUCACCCAGGUAGACUACAACGAGAAAGACGAGAUUAAAGGACUGAUCCAGGAGCAGCUCAACUCCCUGUCAAAUGACAUGAAGAGUGUUCUUCAGGACCCUGAGCUCAGCCUGCUGCAGCGCUGCCUGCUUGUCUCCAGGCUGUUUGGGGACGAGUCCGACCUUCACUUCUGGACGGUAGCGUCUCAUUACCUUCAGUCGUUUGCUCAGGCUCGCCAGCUGAGCGUGUCUUCUGCAGACGGUCAGACUCAGAGCGACGCAGCUCAACCGUCUCCUCAGAACCACCUGGACAUCUGCCAUGACGUCCUGUGCGAGAGCUCCUACUUCCAGAAGUUCCAGCUUGACCGGGUCCACCUGCAGGAAGUGAAGCGCUCCAGUUAUGAGCACACAAAGAAGUGUGCCGACCAGCUCCUCCUGCUGGGUCAGACGGACCGGGCAGUGCAGUUACUGUUGGAGACAAGUGCAGACAACCAGAGCUACUACUGUGACUCCCUGAAGGCAUGCCUGGUGACCACCAUCACCUCCUCUGGACCCUCACAGUCCACCAUCAAACUGGUGGCCACCAACAUGAUCGCCAACGGGAAGCUAGCAGAGGGAGUCCAGCUGCUGUGUUUGAUUGACAAGGCAGCCGAUGCCUGUCGUUACCUGCAGACGUAUGGCGAGUGGAACCGCGCCGCCUGGCUGGCUAAGGUACGUCUGAGUCCCGCAGAGAGCUCAGAUGUGCUGAAGCGGUGGGCGGAGCAUCUGUGCUCGCCGCAGGUGAACCAGAAGUCCAAAGCCAUCCUGGUGCUGCUCAGCCUCGGCUGUUUCUACAAAGUUGGAGAGAUGCUGCACAGUAUGAGACACUUUGAUCGAGCUGCCCUCUUCAUCGAAGCUUGUCUGAAGUAUGGAGUCAUGGAGGCCAACGACACGUCAAAUAAACUGAUCGAGUCGGCGUUCCUGGACUACGCUCGCCUGCUGCGCUCUCUGGGGCUUCGGGAGGGCGCCGCUCUGUGGGCGUCACGAGCCGGGAGUGCUGGAGAGACACUGAUGGAGGAGCUGUUCCAGGGAGAGGGAGGGGUAUCAGAGAGCAUCAUGGGAAAAGAGGAGGUGGAGCAGGGUGAGGAGAGCAUCGAGUGAGCCCAGAGGGUUCACAUGAAGACAGAAACGCCGUGUUUGUGUUAGACUUUGUGUUUCAGACGACGAGUUUAACCACCUGGGUAUCUCAACCGUCACUGCGUCCGUCUGUGACUAGCGUGUAGUACAGGUGUGUAUAUGUGAGUGUGCGUGUGCAUGUACCAACCCCCAAAAUAACAAACAAAGGCACUCAUGUUGUGGUGAAGUAAACACGUCGUCCAUAUCAGCCUGUGCUUUGUUGCCUAUGAGUUUUUAAUGGUCGCUUAUUAAGCUUCAUUUCUGUGCCUGUAUUAUAAACUUUAGAGAAUGACUGUAGCAUUACACUUUAAUUUGCCUUCACGUUUUUUUUGUUUCUGCAGAGAUUAAAUUUAGCAGCGCUCAUUCAUCCCAAAACAUUCCCUAUCUAGUUUAGUAAAAGCAUUGCCUUCCUUGCAUGCAGAAUGAAGCCCAGUAUUUAUUUUUUUAUGUUUGAUUUCUCAAAAAAUCAAAAAUAAUGUACAGAAAAACUUUGAUUUUUCAGCCCUCUUCAAUGAGAGGAACUUUGAAGCUAUUAACAGAAGUCUUGUAAACAGCAUGUGGCACAGUUUGAGUUUCACACCUGUAAGUUCUUUGCAGAAGACGUCAUGUCAUAUUGAGGAACUCCAGACGGGGGGCAGGAAGUGAUUUCUGCAUAGAGAAGCGCUAUCAAAAUUUCAAAGUUUUGUGCUACUUUCAAGUCCUGGAAGUAGUGGCACAUUACAGAAAGUUUAAAAUCAGCACCCCUAGAUGUUUAGAGGUGUGAAAACAGCCCUGAAAAUCUAGAGGGCUGAUGUCCCAGUGAUUCUCCAGGUAUAGGCUCUGGUUUGAUUUUGACCUGUAGCUUCUGUCCUGCUUAUCAUUUCCCUGCUCUCCACUGAUUCCCUCCUCUAUCUAGUAAAAGAUAAAAAAUCUAGUUUCCUCUGACGUAUGUAUGGCACAUCGGCAUAUUUUUCUCCUUAACUUCUACUGCUUAGUGAAAAUUAUUUUAUGAAGUUGUUUGUUCUUUGCUCCAUUCCUUGAAGCCAAACAGAAUCCUUUAUUUUCUUUGUGAUUGUUGACGUUUGUUAAGAAACCAGCUGUUAAAUUAUGUUGUUGCUCUUUUAAACCAAAUCUGAUGAAUCAUGAAAACACAAUCUGAGAUCUUUGCUGCUCGCCGCUCCCUCACAGCCUGACGCACGCCGGCUACACACGAGACGAUUGACAAAUCUGAACCAAGACCCCAACAUGAGGACAGUUUUAGGCAGUUUUAACUAUUACAAUCCUUAAGACCCACCACAGUCUCUUUAAUGACAAAUCCUGACUCUUAUUCCCCUAAAUAAUCUGGGUCAUAACAUGGGCCAAUACAGUAGGUCAUAAAACACAAGAAAAAGGUUUAAAACUAAACUAUAGGCCUGCAAGAAUAAAGUCAAGUUCAACAUGUAGCAGCAUGAGUGAAGGACCUCAUUGUUUUUGGAGUUAAUUGUGCAGAUGGCCAUCUAAGAGGGUUAUGACUUCAAGAGCCCACCAAAAACAGUCCUGAACCACACAGCUCUAGACGAGUCAGACUGAGAGUUCACACAGCUGCUGUUAGAAGUAACGACUUUAGAGUGGAGAUGCCACAGACAUGAGAUCUUUUUGAAUUCUGACUUAAAUCUCAGAAUUAUGACUUUGAUGUCAGAAUUCUCCCUCUAAUCUCUGAUAGUAAUCUCAGAAUUUUCACUUUAAUCUCAGAAAUCUGACUUUAAUCCCAGAAAACUGAAUUUAAUCUCAGAAUUCUGACCCUAAUCUCUGAUAUUAAUCUCAGAAUUCUGAAUUCAAUCUCAAAAUUCUGACUUUAAUCUCAGAAAUCUGACUUAAAUCCCAGAAAUCUGACAUUUAUCUCAGAAUUCUGACUUUAAUCUCUGAUUUUAAUCUCAGAAAUGUGAUUUAAAUCUCUGAUAUUAAUCUUACAAUUCUGUCUUUUAUCUCUGACUGUAAUCCCAGAAUUCUGACUUUAAUCUUGAUAUUUAUCUCAGAAAUCUGAUUUAAUUCUCUAAGAUUAUUCUCAGAAUUCUGACUUUAAUCUCUGAUAUUUAUCUCAGAAUUCUGACUUCAUAAUUGAAAAGAAAAAAUUGCAUCUCAGAGUUUUUCUCCACCUGCCCUCAUCCUCUUCAGUUUGAGCCAACAGUGGUGACUAAUAUCUUGCUGCUAUAUCUCUCCUGUAUGAUCAGGAUCAUCUUUAUAACGAUGCAUCGACUGAUAGGAUGCUGUUCAGGGUCACCCGCUCUCAUUGGGAGUUUGCCGUGUUCUGUCAGAGGCAGCCCAGUCUGGAACCAUAGAUAUCUAACGUGUGAUAUUUGUGGUUCAAGACUGGGGAUCCUCACACUCUAUCAGUGACAAAAGGACUUGAGGAUUGUUUGGUCUAGUAACAGGCUGCUAAAACCCUUGAAUGGGGCCACACCUCCACCAAUCAUUGGGCCCAAAAAUCAUCUUGUGUGCAGCCAGGCUGAAGAAACAGUUCAGAAUUGCUGCUGUGUCUCAUGUUUCAGUGAUGCUGCAGAGACUUUAGUGAUUUUGUGUAAAAUUGUGAUGUGUUUAAAGACUCCAAACAGGCAGACGUGUCAGCGUGACCGUGCUGUCUCUUUUUUUGUGUCACUUGGAGGCUGAUUUAAGGCGGCCAUUACUGCUGCUGCAGGGUUCCUCUCAGCUGUAGCUCCUCGCUGCUUUCCUCCAUCAUGUCUGCAGUCUUGUUGUGUACUGUAUCAUUUCUUUCUAAUUGGGCUCUUCUUAAUGAACUCUGCUGCUUUCUCUAACUAGAUAAAUAGAGGGUUCCACUCCUAUCAGUGUUCUCUGUUUGCUGUUUUCAUGUGAUUAAAAUGAUUGAAGAUUUAUGAAAGUUACAUGAAGAAAUAAAAGGAUAUAUGUAUAUAUGGAUGGCAAUAAA